GCAGAUUUUGAUAAAGAAGAACUUGAUCGAGUACGACAAAAAUUUAACGCAAAAAAAUUAGCUCAGCAAGAAAAGAAAAAAACACUUCAACUUGAUAUUGAUGAUGAUGAUGAUAAUCAAAAAGAUAUUUCAACAACAAAAUCAAAUGAAAAUGUUAAACUUGAAAUUGAACGAUUAAAAAAAGAAUUAAAACAAACAAAAAAGUCAUCAUCAGCAUCCAUACCCAAAUCAUCAGAAAUUGUCGUUCAAGUAGAAACAGAACCUGCACCCUCAUCUAUUCAACCAGUUACUUCAAGUACUACUACAUUAAUGGAUGAAUUAAUGGCAGAAAGAUUUCGUGUAAAAGUUCAUACUGCUAAAGAUGAACAAAUUAAUGAACCUUUAAAUGAAACACAAUCAGAACAAAUAGCUGAUAAAGUUCAAACACCAUUUUUAAAACAUACUUUUCUAUCUCAAGAAUUAUUAGAUAAUGUUCAAGAUAUUUAUACGAAUGCUGAAUUAUUAACUGUUUAUGAUCCAAGAAAUCCAAUGACUAAACGACGACGAGAUGAAAGUAGUAUGUUACUUCAUCAAAAAAAACAUAAAGGACAUACAUAA